GGGCGGCGGCUCUGGGAGGGGGGCCGGGCUCUGGGCUGCCACCGCUUCCCUCUCCUGACUGGGCUCCCCCCGGACUCCAUGUAAUGUUCAGAGUCAGAAAUGCCUUAUGUGGAUCGUCAGAAUCGCAUAUGUGGUUUUCUAGACAUUGAAGAAAAUGAGAAUAGUGGGAAGUUUCUGCGGAGAUACUUUAUACUGGACACGAGGGAAGACAAUCUGGUAUGGUACAUGGAUAAUCCACAGAACCUUCCCUCUGGCUCUCCACCUGUUGGAGCAAUUAAACUUACCUACAUUUCAAAGGUUAGCGAUGCAACUAAGCUAAGGCCAAAGGCAGAAUUCUGUUUUGUUAUGAAUGCGGGGAUGAGGAAGUAUUUUCUACAAGCCAAUGAUCAACAAGACCUAGUAGAAUGGGUAAAUGUUCUGAACAAAGCUAUCAAAAUCACAGUACCAAAACAGUCUGAUCUGCUGUGUCAGUCUGAUAACCAAAAUCGCCAAGUUGAAAAUCCAGGUGGAAAGAAACAAGUAUCUUACAGAACCGAAAUUGUUGGCGGUGUUCCCAUCAUUACGCCUACUCAGAAAGAAGAAUUAAAUGAAUGUGGGGCAGGUGGUGACAAAAAUUACUUGAAACGGUCACAAAGCCACCUUCCUUACUUUACUGCUAAGCCUGUCCCAGACAAUGCUGUUAUCAAAGCUGGCUAUUGUGUUAAACAAGGCGCAGUGAUGAAGAACUGGAAGAGAAGAUACUUUCAAUUAGACGAAAACAAAAUAAGCUAUUUCAAAUCUGAACAGGAAAAGGAACCUCUACGGAUCAUACCUCUUAAAGAGGUUCAUAAAGUUCAGGAAUGUAAACAAAGUGAUAUAAUGAUGAGAGAUAAUCUAUUUGAAAUUGUAACAACUUCUCGAACCUUUUAUGUACAGGCGGAUAGCCCGGAGGACAUGCACAGCUGGAUAAAAGCAAUUUCUGGGGCCAUAGUGGCACAGCGGGGACCUGGAAGAUCAGCAGCUUCUAUGCGGCAGGCCAGAAGGCUGUCGAAUCCUUGUAUACAGAGGUAUACAUCAAGAACUGGUGAAUGCAGCACGAGCAUUCCAGCUCUCCUUCAGACUCCAGCUAUGCUGUCUGUUUUGCCAACACAACAGCCACCUCACAUUCCACAGCCUCUCACAACAACGCUCUGGUCUCAAACCUUAAUGCCAAACGCCCUGCCUUGGAGAAGCGAGGAUUUUGCGAAUCUUUUACCAAGGCCAAACCAGGGAACUUCAAGGUCCAGGCUGUCCCUCCAAGAGAAUCAGCUUCCAAAGUGACUGUAGAGGAUCUAUUGGAACCUCAGAGUAAAAAUGGCACUCAGGAACAGGAUCUUGUCCCAGUGGAUCUGGAUGAUGCAAGCCUUCCAGUCAGUGAUGUGUAAUCAUGGAAGAGUUUGGAGAAUGAUCCAUUUGGUCCUCUAAUUUCCUUGGUCAGACUUGUAGCCAAAGAAGAGUUUAGGAAGAAAGAACAAAGAGAACGGAACACUGAUUUUGUGUAUGUGUGUAUAUACAGAAGUAUGUGUAUACACAGGUACCUGCAUAUAUAAUUAUAUAUUUACAUAAUUAUAUAUUGCCUUAAAUUCGGGUCAGAAAUGGGCCUUCUGCUUUUUCUCACAGCCUGAUGAUAAAUCACUUUCUAAUAAGGGGCCAAACUACAUGAUUCACAAAUGUACAGCUGCCAAUAAGUGAAGGUACCAGCAGCUCUGAUUUCUCAAUUUGGCAAACCUAAAAUUACAUGGUAUAAUAUAGAAAAUGUAAUGUACAAAUGUGAUGAUUUGAUUGAAUUAUAAAACAGAUUAAGACUUUAUGCGUAUGGGAGAAUUAUUUCUCUCCUUUGAAAAUGUUACAACUUUUUCAGAUAGCAGGAUAUGCAUAAAAAGUUCUCUUCUGUUCCUAUUGGAUCACCUGUAUCAACUGAAAAUUACCAGACUACGAAUUCUAAGCUACCUUAGACUUCUGAGUAUAUGGUGCUUUAAAAUUCGCAUUAGUACAAUAAUGCUGUUUUUGAACAUUAAACCUAUUUUUGAUGCUCUCCUAAAGUUGAAUUGUAAUUUUUUGCACAUUUGGAUUUUAAUGGACCCUCCUAUAAUAGUGUUUUGGAUGGGGGAAGGGAUAUUGGACUACUACAUCUUACACCUUUGAAGUAAACCAUUUUAUAUUGCAUUACGUUGAGCUUUGCUGCAAUUACUUUUUAUCAAAUGUCUAAACAUAUUGUUUAUGAUGAUUUUUGAGAGAUUUGUUUUCUUAUCAGUGCUUUUGUGAACAGUUCUUGUUUCUAUAUUUGGAUCAGUGAAAGACUUCAUUUAUCUAGUUUGAUGUCAAAACUGGUACUGAACUGUUUAUAGUCAUGCAAUUGUGGCCUGUAAUUUUGGUGCACUAAUCUAUUUAAAGUGCCUGUGUUUUUUCUCAUCUUGUUAAACAUUUUGAGAUUCAAUGUGUACACGGACCUUAUUUACAUGGUUUUGAAACUUGGGGUGAAAUUAUUUGAAUAACUUAGUUCAAAAUAAUUAUUUAAAACAGAUAAUCUUAUGCUAGGGAUACCAGUAUUCUGGUAUUGCAUCUACUAGCUGUGCAAUAUGUGUGUUUUUUAUAAAACUGAAUAUUUGUUACAUGUGUGAAUUGUUAUGGGCUUCAGUGAUGCAAACAAAAGAUCUAAGAACUUUUACACUUCAAAUAUUUGAUUAGCUUGAGCAUGUACUGGUUUCAUGGGUUUUGCCAAUGUUUGCUAUAACCAAAUUUCCCCCUCUCCCCACACACUUCAUAUGCUGCUGUUUAUUGUGAUUUGUGUUUCCCAUUGCUGUUAGUCUUCUGGAACUUAAUAGUUAUGUAUCAGAAAGGUCCAUCUUUUCUCCAGCUUCCAAACUGACUUCUGACCAGAGAGGGAGAUUUUUUUCCACAGUAACUUGUUGAGCCAAGAAUAGAGUAAUUGGUGUAAUGUGAGAUUAUCAUCUAGUUUCAAAGCCAUUAGCAUCUUCAACUUUUUAAUCCAUAAGCUAAACACUUUUUUAAGGCAAUAGUAUUUGUAAAUUACACUUUUUCAUUUUACUCUUCAACAUCACAUGAAAUCUAGUGCAGAGUUGGGCGUUAUGAUAGCUGUCUAAACAAGUAGUGUAGUUUGUAUCAAAAUAAAACAAUGAUUUCUUGAAAGCUUACUUUUCAUAAGUACAUACUGUACGGGAGACACCCUAUUUUUACUAUAGUUCUCACAUCUAAAAUCACUUGCUGUGGUACAGCUUUGGCACUGCAUGUUCAUUUUACUAUAUUUUGGUAUUGGCAGUUUUACAUAUUGGGUGGAGGUAAAGCAGCUCCAUUAUGGGACUUUUAAAAAUAGAACUACUGUUGUAGUUCAGUAGCAUAGGAAAAUAUAUUUGUGGCUGGUAAUUGUCAGGGUCUCCUAUUUAUCAGUACUUUUAUAAAUCUAUGAAAAUUGUUAAAUUAUUUUAGAACCAGUGCUGUUUCCUGUAAAGUCACAUUUAAAUUGUCAAUAAAUCAGUUUAGAUAACUUUAAA